AUGUCCUCCAAGGCAACCGACGGCCGCACGCGAGGCUCCCUCGUCCAUCGCACAUCCUCCUCAUACCACUACCAGACCUUUCCUACCGCACCGCCCAGGAACGCUGGCCGCCCGCCGCCCAAGAGGGAUCUGUCCAAGAGCAAUGGAGCACCGCCCUCACCGCCCUCACCACACCUCAGUCGGACUGACUCGCACGACGACUCACAGCACCACCACGAGACCCCCUUACCGAAGGCACAGCUCGCGAUACUGGCCAUCAUAGCCCUGGCGGAGCAGACGGCGCUGAACAGCAUCUCGCCGUAUCUUCCCGACAUGGCAAGCUCAUUUCCCGAGGUCGACGAGGGUGAGGUGGGCUUAUACGUUGGCCUGAUAGCCUCUUCAUUCGCCAUGGCUCAGUUUGCAACAAACUUUCUGUGGGGAUGGUUAUCGGACAGAAUAGGCAGGAAACCGAUUGUUCUGACUGGAACAAUCCUGACGGCCGCCUGCUUCAUCGCGUUUGGCUUCUGUAGGACAUUGUGGCAGGCCAUCCUGGUACAGGCGCUCAUGGGUCUGGUGAAUGGCAACCAGGGCGUUAUCAGCACCUGUCUGGGCGAGAUCACGGACCGUUCCAACCAAAGUCGAGCCUUCACUUACCUGCCAGUGCUCUAUGGCGUUGGAGGCAUAACGGGACCGCUGGUGGGAGGACUGCUGGUGCUGAGAAACAACCCUUUCAAACCCAGCCAACCCAACCCGUAUCCAUACCUGCUGCCGAACUUGUUCUCCGCCGCAGUGCUCGUGAUUGACUUUAUCCUGACCGCCGUCUUUCUGGAAGAAAGCCUGGACUGCUCGGAGGACCUGCCGCCGCUUCGGAGGAGGGUGGAGAGCUUGUUCUCCUGGCUGUGGCAGUUCACGAGCUCAUACACUCCCACGUAUGUCCGGAGGGCUGGCAAGAGCUCAAACCACUCAUACGGGACGAUCGAUCAGGAGGAUAUGGACGACGAUGACAACGAUGAAGAUGACGAUGACGAUGAUGAUGAUCACCACAUGAGCAACUCGGUACCGUCUUUCAUGGCCACGAAUCACGAGACGCUAGACAAGAGUGAGGUCUUCAGCCGCGAUACAAUCCUACUCCUGGUUUCCUACCUCAUCUUCCAGCUUAGUAACAUUAGCUACAACUCCCUAUAUCCGAUCUUUAGCGAAGCUCGACCGCCUACAGGACGAGGCCUCAGUCCCGAGGAAAUCGGAACCAGCCUGGCAUUCGCGGGUCUAGUGACCAUCGUCUUUCAGGUCGGCAUCUUCGGCAAGCUGCGUGAGAAGAUUGGGAACAAAAUCACCUACCGCGUUGGACUGGCUGGCUUUGUCAUCGCUUUCUUGCUGAUGCCCUGGGUCGGGUACAAGGACAAUGCCGACGGAAUGGGAGAGGGUACCGAGAUGGGUAAAGUCUUGCUCUGGAUCGAAUUGGGCGGCGUGCUUAUCAUCAAGACCGUCGCAUCGGUCGGCGGUCUCACUUCUGCGCUGCUGCUCAUCACCAACAGUGCUCCUUCCCAUGCUGUGCUGGGUACGCUCAAUGGACUAGCUCAGACUCUCUCAGCCGCUGGUAGGGCCGUCGGACCCUUUGUCUCUGGUGCUCUCUUCACCGCGGCUACACACGUCGAGCCGAAAGGCGAAGCUCUCGCUUUCGGUAUCUUUGGCGGGAUCAGCUUUAUUGGCUUCCUCAUGUCCUUUGGCAUCCGAAAUCCAGACCUGGAAAGCGAUGCUUGGGAUGACGAUGAUGAUGACGACGAAGAGGCCAUCGAUAGUGCCAGCGACACGGAAUCACUUGAGCGAAGACGACGAUGA